CACCCAGGCGGGCGCGUCACAGGCACGCACAGUGACCUCCGCGACAAGCGGCACGACAAGGCACGGUCACCCACUCUCCCACGGCCCUUCUCCCCUGUCUGCAGGGGGGACACGCACGGCAGCGGCUCCCGUGGGAAGCAGGCUGUCUCCCGCGGGAUGCAGCCCACCUCCSCUGGGAUGCUGCCCGCCUCCCGUGACGGCCGCCCAGCACGGGAAYCGCGGCUGCUCCCGCUGUUCCCGGUGGGCCCGUAGCUGCCCGCUCCUUAGAGCUCCCACCCAGCGCUGUCAGUCGGCCUUGCCAUUACAAGGAUGACCAAAAUGCACWACGCGAAAUACACGUACCUGCUGUGUUGGGCCGAGAAAAACCCGUCCGUAAAAAAGGGGUUGUUUUCUUUUAGCCAGCUAAGGUUAGAUUUAUUAGAUGUAAAUAACAACAGAGAAUGAAGGGGAACAAAGACAGCAGCAUGUAUUUAGCAGAGCAAGAUCAACAUUUCCUUAAAAUAAGGUGCUGUUCCAUUGCUGUGAUAUUUMGUUUUAGAAACCAGUACCUCUCAAAGGCAAGCCAGGCUCACCUGAAUUGAAGAGAAAUUUAAUGAUAUUGAAUAAUGCAGCAGUGAUGCCCAGAUUAUGGACCAAAUAAUGGUUUACAGACCGGGUUUGUUUUCCUGUACCUGCAGUGAAUGAUUCAGAGCUGGUUUAUGAAAUCAUGUAUAAAAUAAGGACAUCGUGGCUUUUGUGUAGCCAUGCCGAUGGUGCACAAAGAUACUUGUGUGUUGGCAGUAGGUAUUCAUUUGUACGGUUGCUGUCAUUCCUGAAAUAAAGUCAUUUUCAGAGGGGUCUGGACUUGGCAAAGGCAAAGCUCAGGGCAGGAAGGGACAGUAGCUCUGCCUGCUGAUUYUAGACUGCUGUGGAUAGCCUGUUACUUCUGUUCUGUGGCCCAUGGCUAGCUUGAGUUCUGCACCUAGCUGUAGCAGGCAGCUGUUAUCAGACUACCCUGUUCAUGAACUGAUCUGCCACUGUCUUCAAGCAGUUUGCAUGGACUUUGUCCCUAAUGCUGAGGUAUGAAGUCCAUCCCAGGCUCCAGACUGUCUMCUUUUCAGACUAAGUUUAUUCACAGAAUGACUGCGUUGCGCACAAUGAAACAUUUAUGCCAAACAACUAGAAAUGAGAACAGUUACGCAAAAAGGUUCUUUGGUACUCUUCUGACACAGACAGCACAAAAGUGGUUCUUUUCUCCACUCGGGAUAGUGGUACCUGACCUUAGGAAGUCAGCUGUGUUUGGACUUACUCAACCAUUUUGUACAGAUGAAAAAUCUCACACACGACCAAAAACAAAAACAGCAUUUGGAAGUGUUGGGCGCAGAAUUCCCUAUCGUAUUUUGCAUGUAAUCAACCAGGAUGGAGAGAGCUUAGGAAACAUGCACCGAGCAGAGGCACUCAAACUUAUGGAUCAACAUGGCCUGAAAUUAGUUCUGCUUCGUGAGAAUGUGGAACCUCCAGUAUACAGACUAAUGACUGGGCAGCAGAUUCAUGAAGAGCAGCUCAAACGUGCAGAGAAGAAAAAAGCAAGUCCAAAGCCAGGGGUCAUUCAGAAAGAGUUAUCCUUUUCUUCAGCUAUUGCCAAGAACGACUUAGAGACCAAGACUAAACAGAUAGCACAGUGGAUUGAAAAGAAACACCAUGUUAAAGUUACCAUUCGGCAAGCCAAAGGUAGCAGUACAGACAUGUUGAUGCUUUUUGAUCAAAUUUUGGAGACUGUGUCUGAGAAAGCCACUUACCUUUCCAAGCCAAAAGUUGCUAGAGAAGGAGUGAGUACCUGUAUUUUCAGGCACAUGUCUAGCAAAGAGUUGAAAGAACACAAGAAGAUGGAAAUCAAGAAAAACAAUACAGUAAAGAAAGAUGAAAACGAAGAUCUGAAGUCAAAUGAGUUGCAUCAGUGACUUUCCCCAGUGGUGUAAACAAUAUAAUUUAUUUAAAAAAUAAAAAUUUUAAUUUUAUCUGAA